GAGAGCUAUUGCAUCGAACUAGUCGAGAUUCAGAUUUUGGCCGAUACUAAACUACACGCCUUUGGAGCUUCUCUUGGAAUAGGCUUUUCGAAAUAGAUCUCAAAGCCAUGGCUAGGUUCGCGUUUGUGAUUUUCGCCUUGUGCCUGCUUCAGGUUUCAUUGGCACGUGUAGCUAGGGACGCACCAGUUCCCGCUGAAGAAAACACAUUCUUAAAAACCUUGACUGAUUUCGGUGCCAAGAUUCAAGAGGCAGUCAGCGAUACUCAGCAAAAUAUUUUGAAAUCCCUUGGUUUCCAUUCGAACGAAGAAGUUAUCGAAACCAUCAAAACUAAUACCAACAAAUACGUAGAACAGCUGAAGUCGAUCCAAACUAAUUUCGCAGAACAGUUCCAGACGGCAUCCGAUCCCAUAGUAAGGGAUUUGAAUAAAAGGAUAACGGAAACGACUAAAACUCUGAGUGAACAAAACCCAGAAGCUUUCCAGAAAGCCAAGGAUUUCCAAGAAGCAAUUCAAGGCCAUAUUCAAGGCUUUGUGACUGAGGCCCAAAAAGUUGGUGAAAGAUUGAAAGAGGAAGGGCAAGGAACAUCGGAGCAGCUUCAAGCUGGUGUUAAACAGUUGCUUGAUGCUACAGUGCAACAUUUCCAGAAAAUGACCAACGAGCUGAAGGCUCCAGAACCAGCGUCUUAAUAGGCUAGAUCAAUUGGAUCAAGUGUAGAAGUCAGAAAAGUGCAAAUAACAACCAGCAAUAAAUGACUUGAUGAUUUUAUCAGUUA